AUGACACCGCCUGAUGCGAACCUGCUCGCCCCUCCAAGUGCUCUUCCGCUCUCCAUCUCUCGGGUAUCUACGAAUUCAUCAACCCGGUCGAGGUCUCGAUCUCCCGCUCUUUCCCGCACCCACAGCAGUUCCUCCGUCGUUGAUGCUGACCAUCCCAAACCACAUCCCCCACCCCGAUCCUCUCCACUCUCUCUGACCUCGCAGGCAAAAGUAUGGCGAUCUCUUGAACAGGUUGGGACUUGGAUAGGCAGUUGGCCGAGUCCGGCUCCUCCAGAACCCUCGUUCCUUCGACAUUUUUUUACCUCCGAAACGCCUUCCGCAACUAUUGAAUUGGCUUUCUACGUACCUCCGCAGUACAAAAAGAAUAUACAACGCGGCAGAAGGUAUCCUGUUGUUGUCAAUCUUCAUGGUGGAGGCUUCACAUUGGGUACAGCCAAAGAUGACGCGCGCUGGGCUGCCUUUGUUUUGAAAGAGGUGGACGCUGUCGUUGUCAGCGUAGAGUACAGGCUAGCACCAGAAAACCCGUUCCCUACUGCAGUGGAGGAUGGUGUCGAAGCUGUCUUACACCUGGCAGACAACGCGGAAGAGUACGGAAUCGACCCCAAGAAAAUGGCAUUGAGCGGAUUCUCCGCUGGUGCCAACCUAUGCUUUGCUAUUCCUUUGAAGAUGCAGGAGCACAUACACUCAAGCGAAUAUCAGGCUGCUGCAAAAGCUCUCGACAACGAUAUGACAGACUUCAUCCUACCCGAAAUAGUCAGCAUCAUCUCAUGGUACCCGCCCCUGGAUAUGCGGAUCUCGCGGGCUGAGCGUCGGGCCACCUCAGUCAGGCCCGACAAGACCUUGCCCCCUAUCCUCACAGGACUCUUCGAUCAAUCUUACUUCCACGACGAACAGUCUAAAGCCUCUCCCCUUGCGUCUCCGAGUGUUGCGUCGGACGAAGCCCUCCAAACAGCACUACCUAAUGACAUAGCGCUGUUUCUCUGCGAGUGGGACAUGCUGAUGAAAGAAGGACUAGCGUUCUCAGCCAGACUGAAGAAGUUGGGAAAGAAUGUGCACGAGGUUCUGAUCGAGCGUAAGCCGCAUGCGUUUGAUAAGUGCCCGAACCCUUUCCAUGUCGAUCCGAAGGUGGCAUUGCAUUACGGACAGGCGUGUGAGCUACUUAGGGAUGCUUUCAAAGCAGGCACCUGA